ACGAUUAAUAUUAAUCAGUAUUUUCUAUUGUUUCCGAGAAAAUAUAUUUGUUUCAAGGUUUCUAAUUCCUGCGUUUUGUUAAUAUGGAUGAACUCUUGAACGAGGUGGUACCACAGGAUGAUCUCGAGAAAUUUGAGAAAAAGUAUGCCCACGAAUUAGAAUUGGACGGAGAUGUCACCAUUGACACUAAGUUUGAAUAUGCUUUUUGCUUAGUGCGCAGUAGAUACACGAAUGAUAUAAGGAAGGGUAUAAUGAUUUUGGAGGAAUUGGCAAGAGUGCACACCGAAGGCCGUCGCGACUACAUAUAUUAUCUCGCGUUUGGGAAUACGCGAAUUAAAAAUUAUUCAGAAGGGUUGAAGUAUUGCAGAGCCUUUCUAGAAAUAGAAUCAAAUGAUCAAGUAAAAUCUUUGGAGGAAUACAUCAAAAAACAAAGCGACAAAGAAAUGGCAAAGGGAAUCGCUGUAGCUGGUGGUGCUGCCCUAGUUUUGGGUGGUAUUUUGGGACUAGGAAUAGCUCUAUCUAAAAAGUAAUGGUAUUCAGCUAUCCCAAAAAUUAAACAAAGUCGAAAUAAAUAAAAGAGGAUAUUUUCGAUAAUUUUGUACAGAAUAAAGGCAAGAGUUUAGAAAUGCUUUUUAGUCUUCAAACGUGGUCGCAAUUGCAACAAUGACAACAUAUUAACUACUAAUUACGCUAAUGUAUUUUUCUGUAAUUAAAAAAAUCCUUUGUAUAUUUUCCUUAUGUAUAGAUGUAAAUUUUGUGAACGUUGUGAAAUAAAUAUUAGUUCAUAUUAUUAUA